AUGAUACGGAAGGACCCGAACCUUGGCGACCCCGUGGACCAAGAUCCAUGCAGUGGAACUACGAAAGUUCCAAAUCUUGAGAAGCGAGACGGUGUUUACGUUAUAGCAACAAGUGAGAGAGCCCUCAACGACAGGCUGCUUACAGAAGGCUGGUAUGACUCCAGUGGUAAAUACCUACUCAACUCAGCACCGGGGUUUCAGCAUUGCGGUACUCGUUAUCCAAUAUGGAGACAAAAAAAGAACGGUGACACAUCCACAAUGUGUAUUCAGAUUCACAACAACAACUGUUACCUACCGUUCUACAUAGAAACCAAAAUGUGUGGCACGAAGGAGAUAUUCUAUUUGAAGAAAACAAUAUUUUCAAGUGCAUACUGUUUUGGUACACCGAACAUCCCUCCAACAUUUAACGUGAAACCAAACGUUACUACCCGACUCCGCAACAAUAAGUAUACAAGCAAGCUGGAGUUCCGUUGUGAGUUCAGCAAACACGCAGAUGACGUCUUCUACACAACCAACUGGGUCGUUAACGGAGAGCUUGUCCUCAGUGAAGAACCCUUGAAGUGGAGCGGUGGAGGUGUUAUAGAAACACAUGCUUUGACUGAGGCUAAACUGAUCAGUGUAAACAUAACUCAAGUUGGAUUCGAGUUGCGGUGUUCAGUCACAGCUAGCGUCGGAAAUGACACAGCAGCCAGUGUUCCUGUUUUGUCAGAUUCGAAGUUUAUUGGAAUUAAGAUAUCUGAAGAAUCACUUACACUAUCAGAAGGAGGGUUCGCUGACAUCUCCCUGCUGUUGACGGUACCAUUUGGCUGUGGGACUGAAGGUCUUGGAUGUGAACUCCUCGUAGAAUCAGUUCACCUUGAGACAACCGCUGAUUGUAACCAGUCUAGGUUGGCAAGUUCAUCUUGUGGAACAGUUUUUUCGGAUACGAAAUGGAAUAAAGCUGCCACAAUCAGGGUAUUUGGUCAAGUGUCUCAGACCCUUGGCUCGGCAAGUACUAUGUUGAAAGUGAAGAUGGUCACCCCUGAUGUGCUACCUGGCAACGAGUUUUGGGCCAGAUAUACUGUCGGCGUCAUAACGGUUCAGCUGAAAAAAGAACACAGACCCGAUUGCACGGAAGUCGUGUCAUGCAGUCACUGAUCCACACAUGCUGACAUUUGACGGAAGGU